GAAGGUUGCUUGUCUGUUUUAUCACUUACGUGUACUUAUUUUUCCCCCACAGGUUGCCUGGUCACUAUGAACAAUGGCCCAGCUAUACUACAAAAAGGUAAACUAUUCACCAUACAGAGAUCGGAUCCCACUACAGAUUGUGCGAGCAGAGGCAGAGCUCUCAGUGGAAGAGAAGGCCUACCUCAGUGCUGUGGAGAAGGGGGACUAUGCCAGUGUGAAGCAUGCCUUACAAGAGGCGGAGAUCUACUACAACAUCAACAUUAACUGUAUGGAUCCUCUUGGUCGCAGUGCCCUUUUAAUAGCCAUAGAGAAUGAAAAUCUGGAGAUCAUGGAGUUACUUCUGAGCCACAGCGUGUAUGUGGGAGAUGCUCUGCUGUAUGCAAUACGGAAAGAGGUGGUGGGAGCUGUGGAGCUGCUGCUGAAUUACAGGAAGCCAAGUGGUGAAAAACAGGUUCCAACCUUGAUGAUGGACACACAGUUUUCAGAAUUCACUCCAGAUAUCACACCAAUAAUGCUGGCGGCUCACACCAACAACUAUGAAAUCAUCAAACUGCUUGUCCAAAGACGGGUAACUAUUCCACGCCCACAUCAGAUCAGAUGCAAUUGUGUGGAGUGUGUCUCCAGUUCGGAGGUGGACAGCCUGAGGCAUUCCAGGUCAAGGCUGAACAUCUAUAAAGCCUUAGCCAGCCCCUCAUUGAUUGCCUUAUCAAGUGAGGACCCCAUCUUGACGGCCUUUCGACUGGGCUGGGAGCUGAAAGAGCUCAGCAAAGUGGAAAAUGAGUUCAAGGCUGAAUAUGAAGAGCUUUCUCAGCAAUGCAAGCGAUUUGCUAAGGACCUUUUGGAUCAAGCACGGAGUUCCCGAGAAUUAGAGAUUAUUCUCAAUCACAGAGAUGAUCAAAGUGAAGAGCUGGACCCCCAAAAAUGUCAUGAUUUGGCAAAACUGAAGGUAGCAAUAAAGUACCACCAGAAAGAGUUUGUUGCUCAGCCAAACUGCCAGCAGCUACUAGCAACACUUUGGUAUGAUGGUUUUCCAGGCUGGAGGCGGAAACACUGGGCAGUAAAACUCUUGACCUGUGUCACCAUCGGACUGCUAUUCCCUGUGCUAUCUGUGGCAUAUCUGAUUGCACCGAAGAGCAGGCUGGGACUGUUCAUUAAAAAGCCAUUUAUAAAGUUUAUCUGCCACACCGGCUCAUACCUAACCUUCCUCUUCAUGCUCCUGCUGGCAUCGCAGCAUAUCGUCAGGACUGACCUUCACAUGCAGGGACCGCCUCCCACCAUCGUGGAGUGGAUGAUCCUGCCCUGGGUUCUAGGUUUUAUCUGGGGAGAAAUCAAGGAAAUGUGGGACGGUGGAUUCAAUGAAUACGUACAUGACUGGUGGAAUCUGAUGGAUUUUGCAAUGAACUCCCUCUAUCUUGCAACUAUCUCCCUUAAAAUUGUUGCCUAUGUCAAGUACAACGGUUCUCGUCCAAGGGAGGAAUGGGAAAUGUGGCACCCGACUCUCAUUGCAGAAGCCCUCUUUGCAAUAUCCAACAUUUUAAGUUCUUUGCGUCUCAUAUCCCUGUUUACAGCAAAUUCACACCUGGGACCCCUGCAGAUUUCUCUGGGACGCAUGCUGCUAGACAUCCUUAAGUUCCUUUUUAUCUACUGUCUGGUGCUUCUGGCUUUUGCCAAUGGACUGAACCAGCUUUAUUUUUAUUAUGAGACCAGUGCCUCGGAGGAACCCAACAACUGCAAGGGGAUCCGAUGUGAGAAACAGAACAAUGCCUUCUCCACACUUUUCGAGACCCUCCAGUCUCUCUUCUGGUCUGUGUUUGGUCUGCUGAAUCUCUACGUCACCAAUGUGAAAGCCAGACAUGAGUUCACAGAGUUUGUUGGGGCCACUAUGUUUGGUACCUACAAUGUCAUCUCUCUUGUCGUGCUGCUGAACAUGCUCAUAGCCAUGAUGAACAAUUCCUAUCAGCUCAUUGCUGACCAUGCAGACAUCGAGUGGAAGUUUGCACGGACAAAGCUCUGGAUGAGUUACUUUGACGAAGGGGCCACCCUGCCUCCUCCCUUUAACAUCAUCCCAAGUCCCAAGUCUUUCUGGUACCUCUGCAAGUGGAUUCACAAUCAGUUGUGCCCGGGCAAUGACUCUGACGAUGAACAGAAGAGACAUGAAAACCUCAAAACAUUCACAGAGCGCCAUGCUGAUAACCUCAUCCAGAAUCAACAUUACCAGGAAGUGAUUAGAAAUCUUGUAAAAAGAUAUGUUGCAGCAAUGAUAAGAACUUCUAAAACCAAUGAAGGCUUAACUGAGGAAAAUUUCAAGGAAUUAAAACAGGACAUCUCAAGUUUUCGCUACGAAGUCCUUGACCUGCUGGGAAACAGGAAGCCGCAGAGGAGAAGUUAUUCUACCAGUAGCACAGAGGUGUCUCAAAAGGAUGAAACAAAUGAGGAUAGUGCUGGAGAAAAACCCAAAGUCAAGAGUGUGUCUUUCAGUGUAGCCAACAAAAAGAAGGAUUUCAAUGUGUCUGCGCUAAUUAAAACAAUGUCUGGGAUUGAUAUGGUGGAAGAGAAGCCAAAAAGCAAUGGGAUCAGUAAGCGCUCCUUCAUCCGAAAUGGAAAUAGAGUUCAGAGGCUUUCCAGUUCCAAGAAAGAGUCCUUUAAGAGACUGGGGCUGCUGUUCUCCAAGAUGAAUGGACACGUACCUGAAGCAAAUUCAGAGCCCAUGUACACUAUUUCAGAUGGAAUUAUUCAGCCACACUACAUGUGGAAAGACAUCAAAUAUUCUCAGAUUGAUAAAGAGAGAGAAGAGAAUUGUUCCAAAAGUGAAAUUAACCUCAAUGAGGUAGACUACAGUAGGAACACAAGACUUACAGGACAGAGCAAGGAGUGCCCUAUGGUUUGUACCAGCUCCCUUCACUGUGCUUCCAGUAUUUGUUCCUCUAAUUCCAAACUUUUAGACUCAUCAGAGGAUGUGUUUGAUUCAUGGGGAGAGGCUUGUGACUUGUUUAUAAACCAGUGGAAAGAUGGGCAAGAGGACCAUGUUACAACGCGACUAUAAGUAAGGCUAUCUUAACACCUGUUGGAAAACUUGGCUCAUUAUUUGUAAUUGUUUGCUCUCACCUGGUUUAUGCAUUAAGAAUUCUUUUCUGCCCACAGGAUGAAACAAACCUAAAAGUCUGUGUAGGUACCUAUUUUAUAGCUAUCUACAUCUUCUAUGAUUUUAUUUUUAUUUUUAUCUUCACAAAAACUGAAUGGAAGGCUUCACCAUCUACUAAAUCAUAGUAAACCGCAGUACUCAGUCAGAUGCAGUCAGUCUUCAAAUCACACAUCAUUCAGAUACACCAGUGGCAGAGGAUUCCUCCAGUGCUCUCCUCAUCAUCCCAGCACUGCUGGAUUAUUACUGCUGCUAUCCAAUAUGCUUGUCCUGCUUGAAGUCCUCAUCAGCACAUCCAGCUGGUGAGCAGUGGCUUAGCAGGAGGCUGGGAGUCAUAUGUAAAACCUUUAUAGGAAGGGUUUCAGGUUAUAACUGGCUUGUUUCCUUUAAGCAAUACAACCUCUAAUUCUUGCAGUAGUAUAUUUUUCAGGUCAUUAUAUUCAUUUUGUAAAUUCUUAUUAUGAGACACCUGUGGUCAUGCAACUAGAACAUGUUAUGAUUUGCUUGUUAACUGCCAUGAAGAAAUGCCCUGGUAGGGACUAGAAUGGCCUCCCAGUGAGGCAGGUGGGGAAGUGAGUAGCUGGCCUCACUCCCAACUUCUGCACUGAUGAACAACCCCAAACCAGCUGUGGCUGCCUGAGACAGAAACCUCAGUGUGGUUCUUAUAUCACUAAUGGUAAACCAAAACCGAGCCCUAAACCUCACCCUUACACUGAGCUGCAUCUGUUUUUGAAAUUCUUGCUUUUAUUUCCACUGCUGCAUUUGCUUUUUGCUGCCUUCCUAGCCCAUGUCAUGUUUCAGGCAGAAGCCAUCCACCUGCUGUACAGCAGUGAGGUCUCUGGGUCUGUGAGCUGCGUUCCUGAAAAGCAACUGAAGUUAGAGCAGCCCUGACUGUAUCUGGCACCCUGGGAAGUCUCUGCAGUCCCUUUACUAAGGUGCAACAAAAAAGAGCAUGGCAGGAAAUGUUAACCUUCUAUUUCUCUUUUUUCAAUUGCUCAUUUUUCGCCUCCAUUUGUGCUAGGCCCUGUCCCAGCACUCCCAUUGUUGUGUUUGUCCUAAAGAGCAUCAAAAAGGGGAGAUGUACCAGCAAAAUCAAAAUGGUUGACACAGUGAUUUUCCGCAAUGCAAUACUUGGGCUUUCUGUGCUGUUGCUGAGAUACACAGGUGAUUGGCACUCAGUACUGCUUAAGAGCUGCUGUUAGUUGGCUGCUUGCCAGGAAGAAGCCAGUGUUGACCAGGAGCUGAGAAAUGGCUGUUCCUUACACCAUGGCUGCAUCAGGAUGAAGGCUCUAUUCCCAGGACAGGUUAUGUGGGCUGGAGCUGUGUAGUGCCAAAAAUGACCUCUUCUGCAGAGGCAGUCCUGCAUAAAUGAGAUGCUGAGGUGCCCAGGGUACAAUGCUUUGCCUGUUAAGGAAAACCACCACCUUGUUGGGAUCUUCCUGAGGACACCUAUAGAGCACAACUUUGUGAACAGCUCUUGUAGCAGACCUGCAGAGGGUGACAGGCUUGGCUACAGGAAGCUUUGAAUGCAGAACUUCAGGGGAAAAGCAGAGCUUUAGGCAAGCAACAGCAUUAAGGAAAAAGAGCAGCCAGGAAGAGAAACUCAGAAAUGUUCUCCUUGUUACCAGCAUGCAGCACACAACCCAAAGGAUGUAAGCCUCUAGUUGUGCUAGGUGGGAGAGAGCAAGAAGCACUUCAGUAUGAAUAGACUUCAGGCUUUCAUACUUACUGCAGGGUUAUAGCAGUCUUUGAGAAUUGCAUCUUCUCUUCCUGAAAGCAAGGCUGAGCAAAGCAUCACACGGAGACUUGCAAAAUGUUAAGGGUCAGAAGCAGUUUGAUGAUUGCUCAAUGAGAAAUCCAGCAAGUCUAUCUUUUACGAUGCAAACCCACCUACGAGAGCUGCAGUUAGAAGUAGCCCACAGUUUAAUAAAUCUAGUGUAUUUUUGGAAGCAUGAACAUUAAUGUGACUCCCUUACAGGGAGUACAGAGAAGGGUUUGAAUUAUUUCAUGCCUCACUUAAGCAUACUGCAGCUUAUGAACUCUAGGGCAGCACAUCCUUACUUUACCCGUGUAACAAGUGGGCAUAAAAGCCACCCCAGUUUAGUUGUGCAGAUGAUGUCAGCUGAGUUGGAGGCUGGUCAAAUGCAGGACUCACAUCCUCAGACAGCAGAAGAGCUCUGAAGUUUUCCACAAGUUUUGCACACUGGAUCUGGCUCCAAUUAAGAGGUGUCAUUCAAAUUCAGCCCUACAUUAACAGGUACAAGUCUCAAAAUGAAAUGCAAAUAAAACUCUGCAGCAAUGCCCCUCAAAAACAUAGAAGUGACAGAGGGUAAUGCAAAUCCCCUCUGUGCAAAUUGUGUGAGUCAUGUCCUCCUGCUGUGUCCUGAAAGGGCAGGGGUAGGAGCUGCCACAUUGUAAUGGCAUGAUGGAUAAAGCACUGCAAUAAUCUCUUGCUAGCGUUCUCUUGAACAGGAGAGGAACAUCACAGGGCUGCUGGGCUGCAGCUCCUGGGGGAUUUGUUUCAUGACUCAGAUACUUCCCAGCUAUGAACUAGUUUGAGCUGACUUUCACAUUGAACACAACUAUUUGCUCUGACUACGUGAUGAAUACAUUUAUCCAAAAGUUUGCAAAAUUGUCAGUCUGGUCUCCCCAAAAGGCCGAAUUGUUUGAUUGCAUCUAUGCACCCCCUUUUGUAGCAAUAGGCUUUAGAGCAGCUCAUGAAUGAUUACUACUACUGUUAAGGAGGAGCACUGGGGGAAGAAACUGAAAGAUCUUGUGGAAAAAAAAAUACAUUUGAUUGAUCCUAGCCUUAUUUUUCAUUUUUAAAAUCACCUGCAGUCAGACUACUGGUGAUUUUACUUACAUUUUUCCAUUUUCUUACUCUUUCCUUCAGAGGAAGGAAAUGAAAGAAAGAAAGAAAGAAAGGAAGCAUCUCUCUGCUGUUUGUGCAAGCAGCUGGGGUAGGAGUUUAUGAGACACUGAGCAUCUUCUGUGAGGAGUUAACCUAUUCUCUGGUUCAGGGUACACAGCUGUAUCACAACUGGCCAUGCCUGGCCUCUGUACUGGAUGCUCCAACAACAAUCAUCAUAUGCUAUUUGGAAUCACAUGGGUCUUGAUCACUUAGCCUAUUCUUCAAAGUAGCUUUAAUUCUCAUAUCCCAUCCCUGGCAUCAUUUUCACCUGGCUUUGUAACCUACAACCAAUCCCCAGUAGGCAGUCAGACCCCCAAACACAGGCUGUCACAGAGCUACAAGGCAGUGUACUCAGGUCAGAGAUUGAAGUUGUUUUAGAAAUAAGAAAUUAAGUAACAUCUCUGCAGAUUAUUUGGAUAAUUCUAUUUGUAUAUUAUUCACAUACUGGUAUAUAUGUAAAUACUCAGCUAUUUGUAUAUGUGGUCCCUAGAGAAGCAGCAUGCACAGUGACAGAGCACAGGACUAGACAACAAGACUUGAGGUCUGUUCCCAGCUCUGCCACUGACUCACCUGUGACCUUGGGCAAGUCACGUAGCCUCUCUAAUGCCUCAGUUUCCCCAUCUGUAAAAUAGGGAUAAUACUACUUACCUACCUCGCAGGGGGGUUAGUUCAUUAUUUACAAGCACUUUCAGAUCUUUGAAUUAAAGGCGCUAUAUACAGUAACUAGUUAAUACUCAUAGCAGUGCUACGUACUUUUGUCUUCUGAAGACUAAUUCAGGUUAGAAUUUUGCUGUGUCUGUUAAGAUAGUUUCCCAUGUAGAAAAAAAGCAUGAUUUCCUACCAGGGGAAUUUAGGGCACUUCUGCAGUAGACGGAGAGCUGGGAGCCUCAGCUAACUUCCUUGGUUUUGUGACAUGUCUCACUUGGAAGCUCACCUUACUGUACUUGUGUUUCACCCUUUUUCUAGUGAUACGUGUAACUAUUUUUAAACAGAAACUGCCACUGUAAGUACUUAAUAUAUAACUGUAUUCCUAUAUAAAACCUCACCCUCUAAAUAGAUUAAUGGUGGCUGUCCCAACAGACUUCCAGGCAUAGAGAAGUUUCACAGUCAGCCCAGCACUGUUUAUGUGCACACACACCUUUUAAAAAAAAAAAAAAA